AUGCUGGCACCCACGAACACAGAGACCACGGUCCCCAUGUCCCAGACCGAGGCCGACCUGGCCCUGCGGCCUCCGCCGCCUCUCACCACCGCGGGGCCGCCCCGCCUCGGGCCCCCUAUUCGCCGGGCGCGCCGUUUCUCCGGGAGGGCUGAGCCCCGGCCGCGCUCUUCUCGUCUCAGCCGCCGCAGCUCAGUAGACUUGGGGCUGCUCAGCUCUUGGUCCCAGCCAACCUCAUCCGUUCCGGAACCCCCCUAUCCUCUGGACUCCGCCGGUCCCGGCCCCGCGAGGAGCCCACCGCCUUGCUCCGAAGAGCGCCCAGAGGGCACGUGGACCGGGGGAGCCCCUGCGAGCCCUGCAGAUUCCGUGCUUCCAGAACUCACGGGGUCCCGAGAGGCGCCGAGGGUCCCCGAAACCGCAGCCCGGGAGCGGCAGCGGGAGCAGGAAGAAAAGGAGGACACGGAGACCCAGGCUGUGGCAACGUCCCCAGACGGCCGAUACCUCAAGUUUGAUAUCGAGAUUGGACGUGGCUCCUUCAAGACAGUGUAUCGAGGACUAGACACCGACACCACGGUGGAGGUGGCCUGGUGUGAGCUGCAGACUCGUAAACUGUCUCGAGCUGAGCGGCAGCGCUUCUCCGAGGAAGUGGAGAUGCUGAAGGGGCUGCAGCACCCCAACAUCGUCCGCUUCUACGACUCAUGGAAGUCCGUGCUGAGAGGCCAGGUUUGCAUCGUGCUGGUCACGGAACUCAUGACCUCGGGCACACUCAAGACGUAUCUGAGGCGGUUCCGCGAGAUGAAGCCGCGAGUCCUUCAGCGCUGGAGCCGCCAGAUCCUGCGAGGGCUUCAUUUCCUACACUCCCGGGUUCCCCCCAUCCUGCACCGGGAUCUCAAGUGCGACAACGUCUUUAUCACCGGCCCUACGGGCUCCGUCAAAAUCGGGGAUCUGGGCCUGGCCACGCUCAAGCGCGCCUCCUUUGCCAAAAGCGUCAUCGGGACCCCGGAGUUCAUGGCCCCGGAGAUGUACGAAGAAAAGUACGAUGAGGCCGUGGACGUGUAUGCGUUCGGCAUGUGCAUGCUGGAGAUGGCUACUUCCGAGUACCCGUACUCUGAGUGCCAGAACGCCGCCCAAAUCUACCGCAAGGUCACUUCGGGCACGAAGCCGAACAGCUUCUACAAGGUGAAGAUGCCCGAGGUGAAGGAGAUCAUCGAAGGCUGCAUCCGCACGGACAAGAACGAGAGGUUCACCAUCCGGGACCUCCUGGCCCACGCCUUCUUCCGCGAGGAGCGCGGCGUGCACGUGGAGCUGGCGGAGGAGGACGACGGCGAGAAGGCCGACCUCAAGCUCUGGCUGCGCAUGGAGGACGCCCGGCGCGGGGGGCGCCCACGGGACAACCAGGCCAUCGAGUUCCUGUUCCAGCUGGGCCGGGACGCGGCCGAGGAGGUGGCGCAAGAGAUGGUGGCCCUGGGCUUGGUCUGUGAAGCUGAUUACCAGCCAGUGGCCCGUGCAGUGCGUGAACGGGUUGCUGCCAUCCAGCGGAAGCGUGAGAAGCUACGCAAAGCUAGGGAGUUGGAGGUUCUCCCACCUGAGCCAGGACCUCCACCAACAACCAUACCCAUGGCUCCUGGUCCCCCCAAUGUCUUUCCCCCCGAGCCUGAGGAGCCAGAGGCAGACCAGCACCAGCCCUUCCUCUUCCGCCAUGCCAGCUACUCAUCUACCACCUCGGAUUGUGAGACUGAUGGCUACCUCAGCUCCUCCGGCUUCCUGGAUGCCUCAGAUCCUGCCCUUCAACCCCCUGGGGGGGUGCCAUCUAGCCCUGCUGAGUCCCAUCUCCGCCUGCCUUCAGCUUUUGCCCUAUCCAUUCCAUGUUCUGGCCCUGGCAGUGACUUUUCCCCUGGGGAGAGCUAUGCCUCAGAUGCAGCAUCAGCCCUUAGUGACGUGGGAGAAGGGAUGGGACAGAUGAGAAGAUUGCCAGGGAGGAAUCUCCGGCGCAGACCUCGAUCCCGGCUGCGGGUCACUAGUGUCUCAGACCAGAAUGACAGAGUGGUUGAGUGCCAGCUACAGACCCACAACAGCAAGAUGGUGACCUUCCGAUUUGAUCUGGAUGGGGACAGUCCAGAAGAGAUUGCAUCUGCCAUGGUGUAUAAUGAAUUCAUUCUGCCCUCGGAGCGAGACGGAUUCCUAAGCCGGAUUCGGGAGAUUAUCCAGCGAGUGGAGAACCUAUUGAAGAGAGAUACAUGCCCUGUGGAGGCUGCUGAAGAUGCACUAGGACCCAAGGAGGAGCCAGCACCAUUGGCUGCCCUCCGGGGCCCCCUCCCAGACCCAUCCAGUGCAGAGCUCCAGAGCAGCACCUCCCUGGAACAGAGGAGCUGGGCAGCCUUCUCCUCCACUUCCCCACCUUCUCCUGGAACCCCCAUGUCUCCUGGAAACCCAUUUUCCCCCAGAACUCCCAUUUUCCCAGGUCCCCCAUGUUAUCCCAGCCCUUCCUCAUUCUCCCCCAUUUCUUCUCUGAUCUCCUCAAAUCCCUCUCCACACACCCCCAGUUCACCACUUCCAUUUUCCUCCAGUGCAUCCCAGUUUCCAAUCCCAUCCUCUCAGUUUCCACAGAGUUGUCUCCGCCCCAGUUCUCCACCCACAUUCUCCCCCAGUUGUUCCCAGUUCACUCUCAAUCCCCUGUCCUCUCCUCCAUGCACCUCCACUGCUUCCCUUCCCCCAACCACAGCAGCCCCUCUCUUGUCUCUGGCUAGUGCCUUGUCACUGGCUGUGAUGACUGUGGCCCAGUCCCUGCUGUCCCCCUCACCUGGGCUCCUUUCCCAGUCUCCUCCAACCCUUCCUGGUUCCCUACCUAGCCUGCCCCCUCCGGAUCCCCUUACUCCUUGUGCCCAUGAGAGUCCUUCACCUCACACAGCUGAGAUGGAGAGUGAGGCCUCCCGAAAUCCUGCUUGGCCACUCCUGGGUGAAGCCAGAACGGCACCCAUUUCUGAAGAGGGAAAGCCCCAGCUUGUUGGGCGUUUCCAAGUGAUGUCAUCCAAAGAACCAGCUGAGCCUCUUCCCCUGCAACCAACAUCCCCAACUUUUUCCACUUCUCUGAAGCCUCCAACUCCUCAGCUGACCUCAGAGAGCUCAGACACAGAAGAUAGUGCUGGAGGUGGGCCAGAGACCAGGGAGGCUCUGGCAGAAAGCGACCGUGCAGCUGAAGGCCUGGGGGCUGGACUCAAAGUGGAAGGGGAUGAUGGGAAGGAACCCCAAGUUGGCGGCAGCCCCCCACCUCUGAGCCAUCCCAGCCCAGUGUGGAUGAACUACUCCUACAGCAGCCUAUGUCUGAGUAGCGAGGAAUCAGAGAGCAGUGGGGAGGAUGAGGAGUUCUGGGCUGAGCUGCAGAGUCUCCGACAGAAGCAUUUAUCAGAGGUGGAGGCACUACAGACACUACAGAAAAAGGAAAUUGAGGACUUGUACAGCCGGCUUGGGAAGCAGCCCCCGCUGGGUAUUGUAGCCCCAGCUGCUAUGCUGUCCAACCGCCAGCGCCGCCUCUCCAAGGGCAGCUUCCCCACCUCCCGCCGCAACAGCCUGCAGCGCUCUGAGCCCCCAGGCCCUGGCAUCAUACAAAGGAACUCCCUGAGUGGCAGCAGCACCGGCUCCCAGGAGCAGCGGGCAAGCAAGGGGGUGACAUUCGCCGGGGAUGUUGACAGGAUGGGACAGAAAAAGGCAGUAGACUUAGACUAA